UCUGGAGAACCAGACGCUGCUUUCCUUCUCCGUCUCCUCAAUCCUUCCCUACUAUUCCGCGAGACCCUGUGAUUUAGCGCGCCGCAGAACAACUGCAGCUAAGCAGGUGCUUCGGUACUUAGACUUGCACUGGGAAGAGCCCGAUCCCGAUACGCUCUGAUUACAAUUCUUCCGUUUCUACGGUAAUCAUGGCUUCCGCUCUAUCGCUAACUCCCGACGUCGUUUCCAAGCAAUUCCGGGUUUUGGACAGCAGCAGUUCGGGCUCGCCUAGCAGCCUAUCGAAGAGCCGAUUCGCGGGAACCGCUCGGCGUGCAGCCCCCGCGCGUGUGUGCGUUCGAUGCAGCGCGACGGACGAUGACCGCAGCGCCGCCGCAGUCCCAAAUGGCGUGUCGCACUCGUCUGCCGCCGCCGCCGCCCUCCCCUCGCGCUACCGCAGCGCCAUGGAGAAAUCCCGCGCUCUAGCCAUGCACAAGGCGGACGAGGCCGCCGCCGAAGCCGCCCGGGAAGCGCCAGCGGCGGCGGCGGCGGCCGCGACGGUGGUGCUGGAGCGGGUGCGGCUGGUGGCGGGGCAGGAGGAGUGCGGCGCGUGCGAGGCGGCGGGGUCGGUGACGUGCGCGACGUGCGCGGCGACCGGGCUGUACGUGGACCCGGUGAUGGAGUGCCAGGGGAUCAUCGUUAAAGUGCGCUGCCUCGGUACGUGCCUCCUUCAUUAACCCCCUUGUGCGCACGCGCGCACGAU